AUGAACUCCACAGCAACCAAUACGGACGAUGUCCAACAGCGACCCUUACAAAGACACACCAUGAACAGAUCUAGUUUUUAUAUGCUACUUUUCCUCCUCACACUCUUAUUUAUGAACUCAUCCGAUGAUGAGACUGGAGGAGGAAAACGACCUACUGUAGACGAUGUGCUAAAGGGGCUCCAAAACGAAAAGGAAGGCUUGGCCAAUGUCACAUUUGGCAUAAAUGUGACUCACCCCUUGUCGAAUCUGAUGCAAACGAAAAUUGACGGCUUGCUUGACAUUGGCCGUCAAAUACCUAAUUCACAUUUCUACCAUAACAUCACGGGCAUAUUUAGAGGUGACUGGGAGAGUGAAAAUACCACCCUUCCUGCCUCUGAUCCAGCAAACAAUCAAACACUACAAGACGAGAACCGGGGUAGUUUUGUAUUUACAGGUCAAGGAUCUUAUUCUCUUAACCUCAAGUCUAUUGAAACUGAGGAUCAAAAUACUCAUUAUAUUGAGGGAUACAUGCAUCUCAAUGAUGCCGAGCGAAGCAAUUUCGGCGCCUUGCUGCUGGCAGAAGGCAUCCAUUUCCUCAAUAACGGUACCCUUUAUUUAAUGGCUGUUCCUGAGGGAGCUUCAUUCCCUCUGGCAGAUUUACUUCAUAUGCUUCCAAAUAAUGAAAGCAUGAUUACAACCAAGAAAUCCCUUGCCCAACGUAUUGAUGAGCAGAUUGAGAAAUUGGAAAAGAUGGCAGAAUGGAAUGGACAGCAACUAAUGGAUUCAGAGGGUAAAUCAUCUAAUGGAAUUUCUGGCCAUAUUUGAACCUGAAUGGCUAAUAUAUAAGCUUUGUCAAAGAGAGAUCCCAAACAGUACCCUUUGAAUGCCAGUUUCAAUUAUUUGGACAGUUACAUCCAGUACCCGAAAAUAUCAAAAGAUCCCAUUUGAUUGAAUAUGAAAAAGAGCUCGAGGAUCCACAAGGAAUUAGGACUAUUCGACCCCCACCAUUGGAAUUAAGUAGUAUUAUGUAUGCACCAAACUGUGGCCUUUCUUUAGCGACAAAUGGCACUGGUAUGAAGAUCGAGACAUACUACAGUAAAGCUGUUUCCUACGCUGGAAUGGCUAGCUUCUUAGCUAUUCUGCAAAUAUUCUCCUUGAUUCAUCAAAUGGAAUUCACACCAACACCUUCUAGUGUCACAAAUGUGUCUUAUUGGACUAUUGUUAUGCAAGCCAUUAUGGAUGGAUACCUUUGCCUACUCCAUCUUACAGCGGGUAUUGUGGUUGAUGCAGUAUUUAUCCCAUUCGCUGCUACGGCAUUUUUCAAUUUUGUAUUGGUUUCUGUGUUCGGGAUGCGUUAUUUGUUGGUAAUCUGGCGAAUUCAACGCCCAGAAGUUGUUAGAACAACUAGACCAAGACCACAGCCUGCACCACGGGUUGAAGAGGAGAUCGAAGGGGAGACACCUCCUGCUGUACCAGCAAAUGCUACACCUGUGCGUGAAGAACGCUCUAGCCCUACGUAUGAUGUUGGUACAUUGUACUGUAAAUUAUAUAUUUCUCUUCUGGUUGGAUUGUUUUUAUUUUAUCACACCGCUACAAGUUCUGCAUUUGUGCAAAACAUCGUGAUUGCUAUUGUUGGGCUUGCAUUCUAUUCCUUCUGGAUACCACAAAGUAUAAGAAGCAUCUCACGAGGCUGUAGACGUCCCUUGAGUCCCAAAUACGUGGUUGGAAUGAGCAUUUCAAGAUUAGCCAUCCCUCUAUAUUUCUAUGGAUGUCCUGAAAAUGUGCUUGCACAUAAAACCACGCCAUGGAUUUGGGCUCUUGUUGUCUAUAUGGCUUUUCAGGUGCUUAUCUUGUUCUUACAAGAUUUGCUCGGCCCUCGUUUCUUUGUUCCUGAGAGAUUCUUACCACAAACUUAUAAUUAUCACCCCAUAUUGGCAACAGAAGAUGAAGAAACUCUUCAAGGCGAGGAAGAAGCCGGCGGAUCAAGUGGAACACAUUCUCGCGAUUGUGCUAUUUGUAUGCUCCCAAUUGAAUCUGCUCCUUCAACCUCCACGGGACUUGGUGUUCUUGGUAGAGCACAAUACAUGGUGACUCCAUGCCAUCAUAUGUUCCACACCGAUUGCUUGGAGAAGUGGAUGAGAAUCAAGCUUGAGUGUCCUGUCUGUAGAGCAUACCUUCCAGCAUGCUGAGUUCUCCUUCAACCGCAAAAAAGAAGGAGCUCAAUAACACAUUCGCAUAAAAAUCUAACCAACAUUUCACUGUUACAAAUUUAUCACACAUAUAUUCCCUUCUCUCCUCCCCUCCCCUCUCUAACUUUUACUUUAUCUUAUAUCUACUUUUUUUUGAAAAAUAAGAAAUAAAUGUGUAUAAUUCUCCAAUAAAAGGUCAAAAUAAUAAUCAU